GCUAUAUAUAUAUACUGUAUGUAGUAGACCUCUUGACGAACAAUCAAGCCUCUAGAUCUCCGGAUGCGGGCAAUAGAAUUUUCUCACUCCAACAUUCGACAUGCCCUCGAGAGCAAGCUGCCGCAUCUCAACUCUACUGCUCCUCGCGUGCUCCUGCUGCGUGGCAAGCGCGACCAUAGACGCAUGCACAGCGUAUCCGCAGUGCGCAAUUGCUGGACCAAACAACACUGCGCUGUGGUGUUGCGCCAGUCCGAGUGGUUGUUGUCCUGGCAUAGAUUGCUGCGGUCCUGUCGCGUCGAACACGUCGUCGAUUACCCCCUCAUCGACCACAAGCGAUCCUCCUUCUUCCCUGCCUGCCAGUGGGACCUCCACCACAUCACCCACAACCACGGCAACGGCUCCGACUACGAUCCAGCCCAAUGAGGCCACAUCCAAGGAACGUGCAUCGGCUGUUGUAGCCGUUGUGGGGUUGUUGGUGGCAGCAUCGAUCGGUGUCUAGGAGUAUACUCGGAGUACACCGUAAAUAUCAAUCGAUGUCAAUCAAUUUUUUGGCAAAAAGUGGAA